GUGUGGCUUUUUUUCUAGGUGAUAUAUAAGGGCAGAGGUGCUUCAGAUCUGUCACACACAUGCCACUCUUCUAGUGAACGCCUGCUGGACUGCUGUCACAAUAAAACGUUGGGAUGAGCCCCUUUGUACUUCUAUUGUUGUACACACUGGGGACAUCAGUGGUGCUGGCAGACCCCAACAAAGUGCAAUCCAGACCCUCAGAGGAGCCGAGGCUCUCGGUAGAUCCAAAGCCCUCGGAGGAACCCACUGGCCAAAAAAGUGAGCCUUGCUCAAAGGGAUGUACCUGUCUUCAAGAUGACUACAGUUUAGAGCUCAACGUCUACUGCAGCACACGCAACUUCACCCAGGUUCCCUCCGACAUCCCUCUGUCUACGCGCUCGCUAUGGCUGGAUGGAAACCUGUUUACGAACUUACCAGUGGCUGCUUUCGAAAAGCUAUCCAAUCUGGAGUUCCUAAACCUGCAGGGCAGCCUGUUGGUCUCCCUCGAUGGCCAUGUCUUUAGAGGUCUGAAUUCCCUUGCUCACCUGCACCUUGAGAGGAACAAUAUUCGUUCAUUACCUGGCACAGUCUUCCAGGGCACACCCAACCUUGCGUCCCUCAGUCUCAACAACAAUCAACUGUCUCGAAUAGAUGACAAGUUGUUCGCUGGACUCAGCCACAUGUGGUUGUUGAACCUAGGAUGGAAUUCACUGUCUGUCCUGCCUGAGACGGGGUUCCAGGACCUACAUGGAUUACGAGAGUUAGUUCUUGCUGGGAAUCGUCUGGCGUAUCUCCAACCGCAGCUAUUUCAGGGUCUUACUGAGCUCAAAGAAUUGGACCUAACUGGAAACUAUCUAAAAGUUAUCAAGGCAAAUGUGUUUCUGAAACUACCAAAGCUGCAGAAGCUUUAUCUGGCCCAAAACCAGAUAGUGACUGUGGCGCCUAGGGCAUUUGUGGGCAUGAAAUCUUUAAGAUGGUUGGAUCUCAGCAGAAAUCGUCUAUCUGCACUUCACGAUGAAACGUUCCUUGGUCUACACAGCCUACAUGUGCUUCGACUGUCAAAUAACUCAAUUAGUAGUCUAAGACCUGGGACUUUCCGUGAUUUGCAGUAUCUUGAGGAACUCUGCCUUUGUCACAACCAGAUACGAGCCUUGGGAGUGAGAGUUUUUGAAGGGCUGGGUCAUCUAGAAGUGCUGAACAUGGAGAACAACCGGCUACAAGAGGCACGCAUGGGCACAUUUAUGGGCCUGAAUCACCUUGCUGUGAUAAAACUGACUGGCAGUUGUUUUCAUAGCCUACCGGAUCAAGUUUUCAAGGGUUUGUCAAAGAUCCACAGUAUUCACCUUGAUAGAGGCUGUUUGACAAAAGUCUCUGCCCAAAGUUUCACUGGUCUAACAGGUCUUCGUCGCCUUUUCCUGCAACACAACAACAUUUCUACGGUGGACCGUCAGAGUUUUGUGGAACUACAAGGCCUGCAACAGCUUGAUCUAAGGUUCAACCAGUUAACAUCCAUCACCUCCCACACAUUUUAUGGCCUGAAGAAUCUUGAUUACCUGCUACUGUCAGGCAACUUACUUCGCAAUUUUCCUGCUGAGGCCUUACUGCCACUGCAACACCUGUCUUGGCUGGAUGUCUCUGGAAACAAGUUGGAGUUCCUACUUAAUGCGACUAUAUACAUGCUGCCACGUUUGCGUUACUUGAACCUGAAAGACAAUGUACUGGUCAACCUUCCAGCUUCUAUACCUGAUAGCUUGGAUCAGCUCUGGCUCUCAGGUAACAAUUGGAAAUGUGACUGUAGUGCUAAACCCUUCCAAGAUUUCAUUCUACAAAAGCCACAAGUGGUUCCACUGCAGGUUGAAAUGCUUGGGGAAGGUGAGGAGCCCCAUACACUUGUCACAAUAUACAAUAACAUCACAUGUGCCAGCCCACCCAGCGUUUCUGGACUUGACCUGCGGAACAUCAGCAGUGAACAUUUUCGGGACUGUUAAACCUAAAAAUAUUAAUUCUACAACACCACAGAUUACGUUUUCUAUUCAGUCAGUAUAAUUCAAAUCCAUGUCAGAGCUUCCAUUCAUGACUUUUAUUUAACUCAAGACAUAUCUUCUUUUGUGAAAAGAUCUUAAAAAGAUCCUGAAUCCAAGUCAUGUAAAAAUAACAAUGUCACUGGAUAUAUAUCAAUUGUGUUGAUAUAUUCAGGCAAUUAUCAGGCGGUAAAAAGUGACAUGUAUAAAAAAAGAUAUUUCAAAACUUGUUUUUUGUGUGUGUAAAACAUUUUAAUGAUGGAAAAAGUGGUUUCACUCCAUUACAUGCCAUAAAGAACAUGUAGAAGAUAAAUUUCCUUAAAAUAUUUGAAAAAUAACAACUGUACAAUCAAAAGUAACAUUACAGUAUUGGUUAAAAAGUUGAGAAUGUCUAGUUCUUCCUUCAAAAUUAAACAAAUUGUGUUUGUUUAUGGUCUCUAAAAGGACAUUGCGCAAAGGCCAAUUCCAAUAAACCAAAUCCAAAUAUGGUGAUAUGUACACAAUAUUGAUCCAUGCACUAAGUCCAAAGGCCUGCUGUGCAGCACCUUCAGGUUUGAGAACGGUCAAUUCCCUAUUUGUCAACCACUUCUUCAGCAACAUUCUAAAACCUAAAAUCACAUAAAUAACAAUUACAAUAAUUUAAAAAUGAAAUGUAACUUUUCUUAAUACCCCUUGUAGUUUGCUAAUAAAGCAGUUGGCGACUCAAUUUACAUAUGGUGAAACUACCAUGACAGGUCAUGCAUUUCUUCAACUAUGGGACUUGUUGAAAAUAAAAGUGUUUCACUAGA